AUGAUGAAGGUCGAUUUCGACAAUUCAGAUAGCAAAGCGGAGCUCAACCAGUACUGGUACUCCCCCAAGACCAUUGCAACCCUCUUGAGUGAGAUCCAACACCAUGCAAUGAGCUGUGCUUUCCUCUCGACACCGUCGCUUUUCUUCGCCUUGGAUCACCGCAACGGCGACGAAGACGACGCGACGGACGAACAGCUCCGUCGUCUUCGAUCUAAUAGUAGGCUCUUUGAGUUUGACCCACACUGGGAAAAGGAUCCUGGGUUUGUAAAGUAUGACUUUCACUAUCCUGAGCGUAUCCCGAUUCAAUACAUGAACGCAUUUGAUUAUGUGGUGGCCGACCCACCUUUUAUCACUAGUGAUGUUUGGGAGGCGUACAUGAUUACCACCAAGCUGAUCUUGAAGGAGGGUGGCAAGGUCCUCUUCACGACGAUCCUGGAGAACCACACGAUGUUGGAGGGGAAGUGGGGGGGACCACUUUUUAUUGCACGCUUUUUCCCGCUUGUGCGGAAGCUGACCUAUCAGUACGUCUGUUUCACCAGUUAUGAGGCCACACGGCUGCGGGCCGCCAACGAGGAGCUUCCGCCGGAGUCGCCAAAGUUGUUGGCGGCAAUUGAGAUGGCCAAUAGCCUGCGAGAGUCCGAGGAGGCUUUUAUGGCGCAGAUGGCAGAGCGCAGGCGGGAGGGGGAACAGCCGCUGCCGACCACGGCGUUUGAGCGCGAUUCAUGCGAAGGGACCGCCGCACCACCAGCGCCAUCGCGUGUUGGGCUCACCGCCGAGCAGCUCGCUCAAAUCCCCAUAAAGGAUCUUGAGUGGAAUUAUGUGCCCGAGGGACUCUCGAUGUAUCCAGAGGGACAAACAGGCGUGUUGAAGCGCGAUGAAGCUGGGAACCCCGAAAACGGGUUUCACCCAACGAAUGGGUGCCCUACACUAGAGGAGCAACAGGACUACGGCCCGAUAUACGCGCUCUGUGUCGAUCUGCGGCAGAACCUGGAGACGUUUAAGAAUCACAUCGACGCGUUGCAGCGGUUGCUUGAUCUCCAAAUGCGUCUCCGCCAUCAACGGUUGAGGGUAAGGAAGGAGCUGAUGGGGCAGACCGCCGGCGAUAAGCAGCAAGGUGAGGAGGCCAACCCGCCCGUUGGCGAUACGAAGCCAUGUUCCCCCACAGAGGAUCCUGAGGACGCGCUCCGCGAGCUGGAUAGGCAGGUUCAGGAGGCCGAGGCCGAGCGCCAGGCGAAGGUCGAUCACAUGGCGGUUCUUGCCGGCACCAUUGCCGCACAGGAGGCGAAGCUGCAUUUCCUCAAAGCCCAGGACACUGCGCAGGCCGGUUCGAUCCAAACUCCGGCGAACGGCAGCAGUAAUCUGGGGUGUGAUGCUGGUGCCGAGCCGUCGUUUCGUCUGCCGUACGAACCCACUAUGCAGGCCUGCAUCGCGGCGUACCGGACUGUGGUGGUGAAAAAGGCGCCACUGCAAGAGCUCGCCGCGGUUGCUACGGGAAGUUAUAAGUACCCCUUGUUUGGCCGUAUGCGGGAGCUUCUACGCGAGAUGAAGGAAAUAAAGAAGCAGAAGAAUGAAGACCCUCACGCGUGA